CACAACAACAAAGCUGGAAUGAGAAAUCGUGAUGAAGGAUCUGAGUGCAGCCUGCUGAAAAGCAGAGAAAGGACAGAAAAGAAAAGGAAGAAGCUGGGCAAUGGGUUGAUGCUCUGCCAGAAGGUAGCGGGCACGAUAGGGAAAUCGCUUUGCCCAGGCCCCCAACCCUGCUACGUUCAUCAUGAAGCCUCUGCAGCCUUCAUGCUAAAGAAGGAAAGAAGGUAGAGAAAAGGAAAAGAAGAAUACAAGCACAAAUCCUUUUGCUAGCAGCCCACGGCACACACAGAUAGGCGUUUGCAUUGCAUCACAUUGCAUGCAAGGCCAGACCACACAGACGCAUGCAUCCAUUCCAUACUAGGUGCUAGCCUAUCCUGAUUCUGCUAAACCGAUCGAUCAAACUCCUGAGACACCAUCACACACACCAGGCCGGCGGCGGCGGUGGAGGAGGAGGAGGAGGCGGGAUAUAAUCCAUGGCCGAGCUCGCGAGCGCCGUGAGCACGUUGCUGGGUGUAAUCAGCCACGAGGCGCAGAGGCUCGGCCGCGUCCGACGCGACGUGCAGUUCAUCCAGGAGGAGAUCGAGAGCAUGAGCAGCUUCCUGGCCGACCUGUCUAGGAUGAGCCGCGAGCAUGAUGAGCGGGUCCGCACCUGGAUGAACCAGGUCCGGAUCCUCGCCGACGACUGCAAGAAACAUAUCGACCUCUACCUCUACCGCGGCGACCCCAGAUUCCACCUACCCAGGGGAGGCCCCCGCCGCUACCUCUUGUGGGCUCCCUGGCUGCUGCGCAAGCUGCUUGCACAGCACCGUGCAGCAGGCCAGCUAAGGGAGCUCAAAGACCGGGCCCAGGACAUUGGCAACCGCCGAUUGAGGUAUGGCGUCGAGAUCAAAAUGUUAGAGUCAUCAACAUCUUCCAGGGAUGUGCUCGCUGAGCCAUUGUUGUUGCCGGGCACACACAACCGUGAAGAAGAAGAACAUGACAAUAACCAAGAUGGGGACGGUCGACUCAAGGUGGCUUUGUCCAUGACUAGUAUGAAAAUGGACAAGGAAGACUACAUUAGGAGGAAGCUAGAUCACUGGAUCGGAUCAGUGAUGCAGGCAGGGGCAGCGGAGAAAGACAUAGAAUUGAGGGCGGCGGGAUCAACAAAAACAUUACCAUCCAUCGCCUUUGUGGUAACAGAGACCGAGGACGCCGAUGCUCUUGGGCGUGAAACCCUCUCUGUGGCGAAAACCCAUUUCAAGUGGGCAGAGAAAGCCCAUGCCCUUGCGCAUGAAGACAAGGCUGUGCCACCGGAGACCAAGGAUGCCUACCCUCUUGCGCACGAAGAUAAGGCUGUGCCACCGGAGGCCAAGGAUGCGAACGCUCUUGCGCAUGAAGAGAAGGCAAUGCCGCCUGAGAUAAAGGACACCGGUGCCCCUGCGGAUGAAGAUAAGACAAUGCCGCUGGAGACCAAGGACACCGACACCCUUGCACUCGACGAUAAGCCCAUGCCACCGGAGGGCAAGGACGCCGGUGUUACUCUUGCACACCAAACUCCAUCUGUCCUCUUGGUCGACGUCUCUGGGAUGCACUACGAUUUUGUACCGCUACAACCUCUGAAGAUUCUAUGCUACAUCCUUCAUGAGCUCAACCAGCAGCAAGGCAUAGGUCCUCCUACUAACAGAACAAGACGAGGUGUUUACAGGUACACAAAUGCCAUGAUUGGUGAAAUCAAGCGCAAGAUACAUGAAAUGGAUGUCGACUACACGAUUAAUGACAUUCAAAUCAACAAUCCUGAAGAUGGUGCACGAUGGUUACAGUACCUGGAACAAUUGCACGAGGGAGGAGAGGAUUUGGAAAAAUAUAUCGCCUCCUAUGUGCCAUUGAAGGGACUACUCUGGUUGCUCAUCUACUACUCAAUUACUUCUGCAGCUGAUAUAAAAGACAAACAGAACAAAGCCAUGGUAGCAGAAUCGUACCAUGCCAUCAUCAAGCAAACAGCCAAGAAGCUUAAAAGGGAAAUAGAAGCAGGCGGCUCAAACUCAAAGCAGCUGGAGGAUCGCGAAUAUGAAGACAUCUUGUGGAGGGUGUUUCCAAGGGCAACCAGCACCACCGCCGCUACCAAUAUUAGUCCUGGCACAUUGGUCAUGACAGGUGAACCAGAUCCUCAAACCCAGGAAGCUGAUUUUCUCGAAACCACAAAGAUGAAGAAGGAAGAAAUCGGAACGGAUAUUAAAAAGCAGCUCAAGAUAAAAAUGAUUGUGCAGAUGAUUCAAGAAUGUUUGAGAGGUGAUGAAAGGAUCCUGGUCAUCCUCAAAGUUCAUGACAAGUAUGUACCCAAAUGGGAGGAGACCAGAAAAACUUUGAGCCUGUUGAGGUGUCCCAUCCCCAUCGCUGGUGCUGUGAUUGUGGCAACAAAAACCACUGAACAGUAUGAGCAAUAUUUUCGUUGUCCAGAGCUAGAGCAUAUAGAAUAUUCUCUUGUUGGCCUCUACCUUGAUAUGGUGCUCCAGCUAACAAGCCAGCAUAUGAAUGAUCAACACAGCCGCCAGGUUCUUCACGACAUCUUGUGUGAGUGCGAGCCACAUGAAUUCUGCAUGAAGAUCUUUGCUCAUGCAUUGUACGCCAAACCAAAGAGGAGCAGUGAAGAGCUGAACAAGUUGCACAACGCCUUGCGUGUCAGUGCCACACAAAAAUCAUUGCCCAGUAUGAUGUUCAAGUUCUCAUGCAGGGAUCUGCCUAAAGAGUACAUGUCUUGUUUGUUGUACCUCGCUAUCUUCCCUCAGGGACAAACCAUCAAGCGGUCAACCUUGAUAGGACGAUGGGUUGCAGAGAGGCUGAUAACCACCAAAGAAUGGCGCUGGUCCUCUUCAGUGGAUGAAGCCGAGAAAUGUUUUGAUACGCUCGUCGCCCGGUGCUUUGUUUGUCCUGCUGGCAUUGGUGCUACUGGAAAAGUCAAGAGCUGCACAGUGCAUAAGCUAGUUUAUGGAUUCAUUACUAAGAUUGCCAUGCAGCAUCGCAUUCUGGAGACACAGCUGUCACGUCACUUGGCUCGUCACUUCUCCAUAUUCAGCGAUGUCCGCCUCCGCAGCUCUGAAACAAUAGAGAAUUUCUUUCAAAAGUCAUCUCAAUUCUACAAGCUCAAGGUGCUAGAUCUAGAGGGCUAUGAAGGCUUCCCAUGGAACGAACACUACCUAAGUGACAUAUGCAGGAAGAUACUAAUGCUCAAGUAUCUCAGCCUAAGGGGAACGGGCGUUACCAGGCUGCCCAGUGAAAUCAACAAUCUUCUUGAGCUGGAGGUAUUGGAUAUCCGGGAGACCAACAUUCCUGCAUCUGCAACAAGAAAUGUCCUGCUCCAAAAGUUGAAACGUCUGUUGGCUGGCCAUGUUGAUUCAAGUCCUGCCAACUUUUCCAGUGUCCAGAUCCCUGAGAAGAUUUUUAAAAUGGAGGGUGUGGAGGUACUGUCCAAUGUCAAGCCGAAGAAUCGUCGGGACUUGAGAGACAUUGGAGUUCUGAAUGAGCUGAAGAAGCUCGGUGUGGCUAUCAACGAGAGUGACCUCGAGCCGUUGCUUAAUACAAUCAGUGACCUCCUACACCAGUCCCUCCGUUUUCUGUCAAUUACUCUUGACAUAACUAUAUACAAGGACCCUCCAUCAAAGCUGAGACUGGAACAAAACUUCCCCGAUGUUCUUGAAAGACUAAGUAUAAAUGAAAGCACUAGCACACAAAAAGGGCAGCUUUUUAAGAUAUUGGUAGGAAAUGGAAAUCAUUCAAAUCAACUUGCUAAGGUAACUCUGACUGGUACUUUCCUGAGCCGGGAAGAUCUGAAGAUUCUUGCCAAGCUUGAGAACUUACAGUGUGUCAAGCUUCGACACAAUAAGUACGAUGAGAGCAAGCUCACUUUCAACAAGGGUGAAUUCAAAAAUCUCAUUAGUUUUCUUGUUGAGGGAAAAAACAUGACUGAAAUCAUUUUUGAUAAGGGAGCUGCUAGGAACCUGGUGAAGAUCGUUUUGUCCUCCACCAACAUGGUCUCUAUCAGUGGAGUCGGCUGGCUUAAAAAAUUGGAGGAGCUCGAACUGAACAACAUCGAGGACAAGUACAUGUUGCAUUCUUUGCUUGUCAAUGCCAAACACAUAACCAGGUUAACUCUUCGUGAUACAUUGCUGGAACAAGGUGAUCUGAAAAUCCUCGCCUGCGAACGAAAGAUAUGCUACCUAGCGCUCUUGGGGAAGUUUUGUAAUGGCAAUCACCUUGUCUUCAAGGAAUGUGACUUCCAUAAGCUCAACAUUCUUAUUGUUGACUCUGAUGACAUCACCGAGAUAAGCUUCACCAACAGCUGUCCUAAUCUUGAGAAGAUGGUCUGGUCAUUCAGAAAAAUUGUUUCUCUGUCCGGAAUUGACAAACUUCCUGCAUUAGAGGAGCUGGAGUUGAAGGGUGACAGUGUCCCUAAUAAGGUGGAAGAAGACAUUAAAAAACUAGAGAGUAGGCUUGACUACAAACACAGGGAUAAGCCAAAAAUAAGAAGAGAAUAAAAGAGAACCGGAUGGCACUGCAAGAUGCCCAUCCUUGUGGAAGGUGAAGGAUUGAUGCUGGAGGAACUGAAGGCUUUCCCGUUACCUCUUCCAUUCAUCACCAAUUCCUGCCAUGGUAUGUAUUUGUGUGUGCCCAUGUGGUUUGCCAUUGUGUGUUUCUGUCUACUGAGUGUGCAUUUGUGUUCUGCUUGUGCCGAGUGAUUUGAGUGGUGUGGGUGUGAGUCCAGUUACUUGUUCGGCCUGUGUGCCUUGUGAUUGUGGUUGAGCAUAGUGGUUGUGCGUAUGCUCACGGAUCUGGAUGCGUUUGGCUUUCCUCUCGACAAUAUGGUUCCAUGUAAUAAGUGCAAUGCUUGUACUCGCACAUUUGACUUGUUAUUAAUAUAUACUG